ACUGUUAGUUGACGAAAGCGUACACGUGCAGUUGCAUACAGAAUGGAUUGUAGCGUUAGACCGAGUGGCGACCGCUGGUAGCACGCGAAAAUGGACAGAUCGCGACCACCUCCUAUGGCGGAUAGAGGGCAGCUACUACCACCACCAGAACAGGAAUUAGCAACUAAAGUUCUUCAGAUACAGUCUAAAAGAUUUUAUCUUGAUGUCAAACAGAACAGAAGGGGACGAUUUAUUAAAGUAGCAGAGGUGGGACCAGCAGGAAGAAAAAGCCGUUUAUUAUUAGCAAUGUCCACAGCUUUGGAGUUGAGAGACCAUCUUACAGCUUUUAGUGAAAUAUAUGCUUCUUUAGGUCCACCUAAUCCUGACAAUUUACCAGAAGAUGGAAAACUAAGAAGUGAGCUAAUGGUCAAAGAAAAUAGACGGUACUAUCUUGAUCUAAAAGAGAAUUCACGUGGACGGUUUUUACGGAUAUCUCAAACAAUUACACAAGGUGGUCCACGCUCUCAGAUUGCUAUACCAGCACAAGGAAUGAUAGAAUUUCGUGAUAACCUUACUGACUUGUUAGAAGAGUUUGGCACUGAUGAUGGUACAUCAUUUGGGUUUAAAGGAGACCUCCCAGAGGCUCGUCACAUUCGGGUAGAGAACAAGAAUUUUUAUUUUGAUGUUGGCCAAAAUAUCAGAGGAAUAUACAUGCGUGUAUCAGAGGUGAAAAGUAAUUUUAGAACUGCCAUCACCAUUCCAGAAAAAUCAUGGUCCCGCUUUCGAGACAUAUUUGCUGAAUACAUUGACAAAAUGAAAGAUCUUACAGAGCCACCUAGUGAGGGUGGAAAGUAGGGUUGAUCAAGAACAGAGCAAUGACUCUCUCCAACCUGUAUGCUUGGGUCAGUUGUCUUCUCAUACUGACUAUCGUAAAAGUGGGAUUCUCUGUUAUUUGUGCAUGCGAUGGGGAAGGAAGUGGCCUGGUGUCAAUAGUUUCUUUGGGAAGGAACUGCUGACAUCAUCAGUUUUCUACCUAAUGCAGCUCCAUUGCACUGUAGGAAGAGUGGCUGGUUGAUCUUGCUUUUUUGCAGUAGUGUGCAGAUUGUCUUCUAUUUGUUGUGUAUCCAAGAUGGAGUUUCUUAUCACCUUCCUUACAACCAAGGGGGAGGAGGAAUUUGUUGCUGCAUAAAAUAUGGUGAAAGGUGUACAUUUGACUGAAUAAUAAACUUUUGAUGUUAAUAUUAUAAUUGUUUUGUAUAAACUUUUGCCAGAACUACAAGCAAGUCAUCUCCCACUCCAGUUUUUAAUCCUACAGAAUGCUGCAGUUGUAGUGCAGGUUUCUCAAUAAAAAGUUUUGUUGGGUUUUUGAGGGUAUUUCCAGUCUCCACCAGUAGCACAUUCAGCUUAAACAUAAGAUUAAGUUAUUGAGGGUAUUUCUGGUUUAAACCCAGAGCACAUCCAGUUAGAUUGAUUACACGUAAGUUCAUGUUUGUCAAAAGUAUGCUCCUUUAUUAAAUAAAGGUAUUUCUGAAUUC